CUCGGCCAGAAACCCUCCGCCUGGGCCCGCGCAGGAGGAGCGGGGCCUCUGAGGGCAGCGGCGACCCCGCCGGCCUCGGUCUCUUUCCCUGGCGGCGGCGGCGGCGGCGGCUUCUUCCGUAGGACAAUAUGUUCAAGAGAAUGGCCGAAUUUGGGCCUGACUCCGGCGGGAGAGUGAAGGGGGUUACUAUCGUUAAACCAAUAGUUUAUGGCAAUGUUGCUCGAUAUUUUGGAAAGAAAAGAGAAGAGGAUGGGCAUACCCAUCAGUGGACAGUAUAUGUAAAGCCCUAUAGAAAUGAGGAUAUGUCAGCAUAUGUGAAGAAAAUUCAGUUUAAGUUACAUGAAAGCUAUGGCAAUCCCUUAAGAGUUGUUACUAAGCCUCCAUAUGAAAUUACUGAAACAGGAUGGGGUGAAUUCGAAAUAAUCAUCAAAAUAUUUUUUAUUGAUCCUAAUGAAAGACCUGUAACCCUGUAUCAUUUAUUAAAGUUGUUUCAAUCAGACACCAAUGCAAUGCUGGGAAAAAAGACAGUGGUUUCAGAGUUCUAUGAUGAAAUGAUAUUUCAAGACCCAACAGCAAUGAUGCAACAAUUAUUAACAACAUCUCGUCAGCUAACAUUAGGAGCCUAUAAGCAUGAAACAGAAUUUGCAGAACUUGAAGUGAAAACCAGAGAAAAAUUAGAAGCUGCAAAGAAAAAAACAAGCUUUGAAAUUGCAGAGCUUAAGGAGAGAUUGAAAGCAAGUCGUGAAACUAUAAAUUGUUUAAAAAAUGAAAUCCGGAAACUCGAAGAAGAUGAUCAAACAAAAGAGAUAUAAAUAGCUCUGAAGAGACCUUGAUAGGAAACUAAACUUAAAAUAAGGUGGACUUUAAAGGAGAAAUGGACUGCAGAUGCUUCUUAGAAGAACUGCAUAUAUAGUAGAGCACCGAUUUCUCUGCAAUGGGGUCAAAGUAUUUGUACUUUUCAAGCAAUAUUUAAUGUGAAAUAUAUGUAUAUAAUACACAUCAAUGCUGUAUAGGCAUUUUAUCAACCCAUUUUAGGGUAAUUCUAUGAUGUUAAGCACAAUUUAAAAAAAUUUUAUUACAUUGUAUAUAGCUUAUCCUUUUGACAGGCAUCAUUCAUUUAUUAUAAAAUAUAACUUAAGCACAUUUUGUACUUCCCUGGUAGUUAGAAUUAGUGGUAGAAUUGUUGUAUAUGUUUAAUUUAAGUUCUUAGCUGCCCUCGUCUGGAUUCUUUUGUCUCUGAUGUGCCAGUACCCGGUAAAUACUCAAUAAAUGCAGUGGACAGAUCCU